GGACGUGAGGCCGCGGGGACCUGCUGACCCCUCGGAGCAGCCUGGCGGGGAGGUUGCAGCCCGGCGCGGAGCGGCAGAGGGGAGACCCGGAAAGCACAGCCCGGAGAGGAAGAUGCCGAGCUCGGACCUUUUGACGAUGGAUGAAGAAAUGGAGGCAUAGAUUGAUGAACUAAUUGAUCUGGUUGUACAGCAAACUAAUGACUUUCAGAGAUGACUAUCCAUAGUUCUACUAUUUCCAGGGACACAGUAUAUAGAUUGUUUUGAAAUAAACAUAAUCCUAAGUGUUAUAAUUAUAAAUUUUUGUACAGGUGCAUAUGCACAGAAAUAUAUUAUGAAUGCCUUUGAGCCCUACUUUGAGAUUUUGGAAGCAUAUUCCACAAAAGCCAAGAAUUAUGUAAACGGACAUUGCACCAAGUAUGAGCCCUGGCAACUGAUUGCAUGGAGUGUCCUGUGGACCCUGCUGAUAGUAUGGGCAUAUGACUUCGUCUUCCAGCCUGAGAGUUUAUGGUCAAGGAUUAAAAAGAAGAGCUUUAAGCUUGUCCGGAAAAUGCCUAUUAUUGGUCGCAAGAUCCAGACUAAGUUGAAUAAGACCAAGGAUGAUAUUAACAAGAGCAUGUCAUUCCUGAAAGUGGACAAGGAGUACGUGAAAGCCCUGCCAUCUCAAGGUCUGAGCGCAUCUGCCGUUCUGGAGAAGCUCAAGGAGUACAGCUCGAUGGAUGUCGCAUGGCAUGAAGGGAAAGCGUCCGGAACAGUGUACAGUGGGGAGGAGAAACUCACGGAACUCCUGGUGAAGGCUUAUGGAGAUUUUGCCUGGAGUAAUCCACUGCAUCCAGAUGUCUUCCCAGGGCUGCGUAAAAUAGAGGCAGAGAUUGUAAGGAUAGCUUGUUCCCUGUUCAACGGGGGGCCAGAUUCUUGUGGAUGUGUAACGUCUGGAGGGACAGAAAGCAUACUGAUGGCUUGCAAAGCUUACCGGGAUAUGGCCUUAGACAAUGGAAUAAAAAAUCCAGAAAUUGUGGCCCCCGCCAGUGCCCAUGCUGCAUUUGACAAAGCAGCCAAUUAUUUUGGAAUGAGAAUUGUAAGGGUUCCACUGAACAAAAUGAUGGAAGUGGAUGUUCGGGCUAUGAAAAGAGCCAUCUCCAAGAAUACUGCCAUGCUCGUGUGCUCUACCCCACAGUUCCCUCACGGUGUGAUAGAUCCUGUCCCUGAAGUGGCCAAGCUGGCUGUUAAAUACAAAAUACCUCUUCAUGUAGAUGCUUGUUUGGGGGGCUUCCUCAUUGUCUUUAUGGAGAAAGCAGGAUACCCACUGCAGCAACCAUUUGACUUCCGAGUGAAAGGUGUGACCAGCAUUUCAGCUGAUACUCAUAAGUAUGGCUACGCCCCCAAAGGCUCUUCAGUGGUGUUAUACAGUGACAAGAAGUACAGGAGCUACCAGUUCUUUGUUGCUACAGACUGGCAGGGUGGCAUCUAUGCUUCUCCAACCAUCGCGGGCUCACGGCCUGGUGGCAUUAGUGCAGCCUGUUGGGCCGCCUUGAUGUACUUUGGUGAGAACGGAUAUGUUGAAGCCACCAAACAGAUCAUCAAAACUACUCGCUUCCUCAAGUCAGAACUGGAAAAUAUCAAAGGCAUCUUUGUUUUGGGGAACCCCCAGUUGUCAGUCAUUGCUCUGGGCUCCCGUGAUUUUGACAUAUUUCGACUGUUUAACCUGAUGACUGCUAAGGGAUGGAACUUGAACCACUUGCAAUUCCCGCCCAGUAUUCACUUCUGCAUCACAUUAGUACACACCAGGAAACGGGUAGCCAUACAGUUUCUAAAGGACAUCCGGGAAUCUGUCACUCAGAUCAUGAAGAAUCCUAAAGCAAAGACAACAGGAAUGGGUGCGAUCUACGGCAUGGCCCAGACAACCGUCGACAGGAACCUGGUUGCAGAGCUGUCAUCGGUCUACUUGGACAGUCUUUUCAGCACAGACAGCAUAUCUCAGGGCGACCAGAUGAACGGCUCUCCAAGACCCCGCUGAGGCGGGACCCUGUCUAGCGCCAGAUGCCUUCUGACGGCCUUCAGAAGGCUUUCUGGGUGUGGAACGGGCCAUACACCUCCGUCAUCUGGUCUUAUUUCAUAAGGGCACAAGACGGAUCGCAAGACAGCUUGAUCCUCAGGAUUCUUAUUUGUCUCUUUAUUAUCCUUCUGUGGUUGAUAUACAUAUAUCAUUUUUUAAUGUGAAAAGUGCAAAGGAUUCUAUUACGUAAUUAUUUCACUCUUAAUGUAAAUGUUACUCUAGGAAUUAUUUUAACUCUUCUCUAACCUGUCUAACUUUCAGUUUUACUUAAAAUGUUGUGUGGCAGCUCUGAGCUGUUCUGAUCCUUGAAGGAAGCCAGUGUGCAGGUUAUGAGAGAGAAGGUGUUUGUUUUAGGUUGUUAAGAGUCGUCAGAGGAGAAGCCUUUGUGUAACAGGCGUUUUUUUCUGGCUAUGCAUCACUGAGCAGGAGGCUUUCAGCUCCCCUGAGUAGUUUAGUUCUCUCUCUCAGAGUCACUUAUUUCAACUGAACUUUUCCCAGAAUGAAGUUUGACCAGAUAUUCUGGUUAAGAGUGGUUGAGUGCAUUAGCUGUUCAUUCUGCGACAAAGGGCCUGUGCUUUCAGUUCCGUUUGAUACUCGGUUGCCAUCAGCAUUGAAGAUUGUUGGUUUAUUCAUGUAUCCAUUGACCAGGGAGAGAAUGCUUUCCAGAAUACCUAGGACUUGGACUGGUUGAGGUGCCGCCAUCUGAACUGGUAGUGUUCAAAGCAUACCUAAACCCUCUCCCGGGCUGGUGAUGGUAAAAAAUCAGAUCAUCUUUAUUUUUCUUGAGUAUCACAGUAGGAUGAGUACCCAAAUAGUCGCCACAGAUGGCUAGUGGCCCUUUCUUUACCCAUCGCUUUAAGUCAUUGUGAGGAUUUGUUUGCUUGAAGGAACAGCCAUGCCAUCUUCACAGGUUGCCUUAGCUUCACCCUACGCAGGUGUGAGGAGACGUGAGAGAGCCUCCAAGGCAAGGAAACUUGCUCUGUUGGUUUGCAUUUCCUUCAUGGCCCCCUUACUCAGCUCUCAAAGGUACUAUAGCAGUUUAGCUUCAGGUACUAGACGUGUUUCAACCCUGGCAAGGAUAAGAGAGACUUUCUGGACCAGAAAAACAUGAGAGUAAAUGUCAGUGGUGAUGUGGGGCCUGGGUUCCUUUAUAAGACUAUUUACUCAGGGUGGUACAGGGAAAGGCCAAACCCUGUGCCCAUUUCCGACCCUCUUUCUCCUCUGCACAGCGCCCUGACCUCGGCUGCGCCACUGUCCUACCCUUAGUGAUGACAUAACCUUGUGCCUUUCUCCUCAGCAGUGAGCCGUGGAGGGCCGGUGAUUCAGAUCCAGACCCUACGGGAAAUGAAUCAUGUCUUUGAGAUUUGCAUUUGAGUGAGGGAGUACUUGGGAAAAGUCAGCAGAAACUUUCAUCUAUUUCCUCUCCCUUCUCAGGGACUCUUGUAUAUUCCACCUCUUUAGGCUGAUAUCCUCUGGUCUCCCCCCCCCCCCCCAAUGCUGUCCUAGAAAGCAGAUAGCCAGAGAUUCUCCGCAGGCUCCUUAGCACUGCACUUCUUACGUGAUAGCUGUGACUAGCUGGCCAUGUCAUUUCAGGGCUCGUGGUGGUGGUGGUGGUGGUAGUGGUGGUGGUGGUGGUGCUGGUGGUGGUGGUGCUGCUGGUGGUGGUGGUGCUGCUGGUGGUGGUGCUGCUGGUGGUGGUAAUGUUAGAAGGAGAGGCUGAGGCCCUUUGUUCAUGGGAGUCACAUUUCUUUCACUUGUUGAGCUGGUGAGCACUGUGGUUGGAAUUGUGCCUGCUUCGUCUCCUGCUCCUCCAGGGCACUCACUGCAUUAUGCUGAAGGAAGUCCAGGGACCCAGAACCACCCAGCCUUCAGGCACCGCCAUGACCUGUCGGAGGUGGCAGUGCAGAUAUACACUCCAGAGGGUACAGUUGCUUCCAGUGAUCCCAGAGCCACUCUCUGUACUGUGACAAAACUGCUGGGGUGGGGGGUAGGGGCAAUAGUAUUUUUCAAAGGGACCUACUGUAGCCUUUUUAAUUAUGGUCGUGAGCCUUAGUUUGACUAAACACUUGUGGGCUUUGCAUUCUGUACGUAUCUGGUUGUAAUUACACGUAGUCUGACACAGGUGGGCAGAAUGUCUUAAUAACACCAUAUUGCUAGCAGAUGCCACAUGGCGUCUGCAAAGACUGCACUGUCUUGUCUCUGCAUUAGAAGUAGUUCUUACGCCACUUUCACUAUGACCAGUUUUAUACUUGAAAAUGGUACUUGCCUGUUUUAAAUCUUUUCGGUCUUUAACCCCCCCCCUUCCCAGCUCAAUGCACCCUUACUAAUUGCAGCAAUAAUCUCUCAAGAAGCAAUGAAGUAAGUAAAUGUCCCGAAUUAUAA